ACUCCGCCAAUUUGUGCCAGUGUGCUGGUACCCUGCAGGAUAGCAACUUUUUGAGAUGCUCCCAAAAUACCUUUUCUCUCCAUGUUUGUUGGUUUUUGCUUUGUGCAGCUUUUAGCUCAAACAAACUACCGGCGAGCUUCAUUGUCAUGAAUCAUUCAAGCCAACCGUGGCUGCAUUCUCUGUAUACACUGUACUCUCUGUACGCUGUACUCUCUUUUUGUCUUAUUGCCAGCUGAGUUGGAGGAUGUGUCAAACUGUUUAGGGCUUUUAGGGGAUGUUUACAUGACAAUAGCCUACACACAAAUACAGUUCUGUAAUAAAGAAAUGUAUAAAGAAACCCUAUAAAAAAAUGUGCAUAAUUACAAUAGAUAAUUUGGAAUUGGAUGAUUAAUUAUACUUAAGGGUGACCAAAUCUCCUGUUUUCCUGUCGAGUCCUGGCCGUCCUGUUUGAAAGUGAUGAAAAUGUCCUGGUUUUCAUUGCCAUUAAGCUGAGCAGCAUUAAGGCACGCUGCUGCAUGUAACAUACCAGUGAUCCCUGAGUGGCUGCCAUGUGGGCAGCUUUUUGAAUUAGUGUUUCCAAAAAGCCAAAGAAAAAGCAAAACAUAUGUAUGAAGUUAAGUCUCGUAAAGUUGGGGGCGUCAUGCACAACGGCAGUUCAAAUUCCCAAGUCUUAUGGAAAAUAAUGGUUACAUUCCAAAACUUAACAGGCAUUUGACCUCAGGAUCCGCUGUCGUUGUGUUUUUGGAGUAAUUUUUGUGCCAGUUAUGUUAAUGAUAUUAAUUGAACCUCGCUAUUGCGAGGGACGACUGUACUGUGAAGCUCAUGCGUUUUACACUUGCCGUCCUGUUAUUUACAAUGAACUCAUGACACAUAUUAAUGCUGGGUGAGCAGUCUUUACUGCUAUUCCAACAUUGGUACUGUUGCUGCUGUGUUGUGCAAUAACAUGGGUGUGGUCAAAGAGAGCUACAUUUUCCUUUCCACUUUCUCAUGCACUCCAAAUCAUUAUUAGAGUUCAACAAAAUACUUGUUGUAUAAUAGUGAGUUUUUCCAUUUCAGAAAUUACAGUUUCUCUUCAACUAUUCCUCUCUGCUUCCAAAUAACGGCCCAUCCUCUUUGUGGUUUAGGUAAAUAAACGACCCGGAUAUAAUUACAGCAUUUACUGUACUAUCAUUUUCAAUAACUGCCACUGAAGCGCCUCUCUCUUCCUGCGCUCACUGAUGAAUUUAAUUUGGCGCCCAAGUAACAGAGAAACUGCCAAAAUAUGAGCCGUGAGUGGUUAUUGGCAAAGGACUGUCAAUGGCAUUGACACAUUUUGCUCUCUUAGCCUUUCAAAGUUGCUUCCACAAGGACCGAGGAGCAGACAUUGCCUUGGCCAAUUAGCCGGCUCCAUUCCACUGAACACAUUCUUUGAAGGGCGCCGAAAUCCACUGGCUGGCGGAGAGUAUCUGUAAAGAAAAAUGAGCAUUGAUUGCGAAGCGCUAUCACUUGGCACUGUAUCGAUAAUAACCACUGAUGAAGGUCGGUAGGAGGGGAAAGCUGACUCCUCCGCCUCUCAUGAUCCAACUCUGAGAUGGUAUCUGAUCAGGUGUUCAUCAUUCAGGAAGAUGGUAGUUAUGAAUUGCGUCUCAGCGGGAAGACAAUCCAUUUAAAUGCUUCUGGGAAUGUUCUUUGUGGCCAGUGAGCCUAGUGAGGAUAAGCAGCAUAGAAGAUGGAUGGAUGGUAAUGCUCUACCACUCAGCUGUGUGUGUUAUUGGGUAUUGUUAGCUCACCUUCGGAAGCCAUACGGUACCGUCAUAAUCACGGUACGGUUUGUACCGUGGUUGUAAGGUCACGGUUCAGAAUUAGUUCAUAUUGUUUUCUGUAUGGCAAACUACAGUGGUGUGAGAAGUCCCCUGUCAGAAGACGUUUCAACUCCCACCUCUGGGAGAGCUUCGACCAUGUUCCGAGGGAGGUGGUGGACAUUGAGUCCGAAUGGGCUAUGCUCUGUUCCUCUAUUGUUGAGGCAGCUGAUCAGAGCUGUGGCCGUAAGGUGGUUGCUUUCUGUCGUGGCGGUAAUCCCAGAACCCAUUGGUGGAUUAAUCAAAGGAUCAAUUUACCGGUUGAUCUACGUUCCUACCCUCACCUAUGGCCAUGAGCUUUGGGUAGUGACCGAAAGGACAAGAUCGCGGGCAAAAGCCGCCGAAAUGAGUUUUUCUUGGUAGGGUGGCUGGGCUCUCCCUUAGAGAUAAGGUGAGAAGCACUGUCAUCCGGGAGAGACUCGGAGUGGAACCGCUACUCCUCCGCAUUGAAAGGGGCCAGAUGAGGUAGCUUGGGCAUCUGGUCAGAAUGCCUCCCGGACGCCUCACUGGGGAGGUGUUCAGGGCAAGUCAGACCGGUAGAAGGCCUCCGGGAAGACCCAGGACACGUUUGAGAGACUAUGUCUCCCAACUGGCCUGGGAACGCCUCGGGAUCCGCCGGUAGGAGCGGGACAAAGUGGCCGGGGGGAGGGAAGUCUGGGCUUACCUGCUUAGGCUGCUGCCCCCGCAACCCAAUCUCGGAUAAACGGUAGAAGAUGGAUGGAUGGAUGGAUGGAUGGAUGGAAGGAUGGAUGGAUAAACACUUUUUCACUCCACUGUAUGAUUACUCUCUAUAAAAUUUAUUUUUUGUUUUGGGUGUUUUUAGUUUUAUUAUGUUUUGGGUUUUCUUCAGACCUUUUUGCAACAAAUUAUUGAUGAAAUCUGAGAUUCCAACUGUAAUUGUUUACCAAGAAGGGGCACAACCACAUCGCAAGGCAAUCCCUAUCCCUCACUCACUGUGUACCGUGUGGAAAAUUGGUACGCCUCUGUACGGUACCGAAUCUUGUGUACCAAAAAAUCUGAUUAGGAACGCAUGUCUGUACGAGCCGGCUUUCACAGAGGGUGAUUUUCUUGCAUUAACUUUCUGCAUUUGAAUUAGUUUAGGGGCGUCAAAACCUUGAUGCCAAAGCAGUGUCAGGCUAUUAAAUGUCACCCCCGUUGGGAUUCAUUUUCAAAAUCAUUACGCAUGAAUUGAGUCAACAAAGGCCUCAGCUCCCCGCCAAUCAUCCCUCGCUUGACAGGAAUGUUGCUUUGUUCCAGAAACAAAGUGAAAGCGUGGCGCAGAGAGGAAUGUUGUUUGGCCCGCAUGUGACGCCAGCAAACGAGGGACUCUAAUGGAGAGCAGGGGGGCCGUUGGAAGGAAAGGAGUGUGCGUGAUUGAGAUAAGCGACAGAUAUACGAGAAGCCGGGUGCAAGUCCUCUCCCCCGCACACACUGGGAUGUUGGAGAUAGCGCCCGCUUAAAACGCUGAAGCUACACUGCAGUCGCACCGUCAUGCAAGGACGUGUGAAGGUCGCGGAAAUAGGGAGGAUGCCUGUACCUCACAGAGCAUUCAAGCUGAGCGAGAGCAGAAAAUAGACAGUUUUGGAUGAUGGCAGUUUAGCUCAUGCCCCUCUGUCCUUAAUACCCUGCACAUUUCUUGCGGGAUAACUCCAUCCAGCACAUAAUUAUAUCCCACCAAGAAAAGAUGAAAGUGUAUUUUGCAAACAUAACAUCUUCUUGUGCUUUCAUGUACUGCAGUUGAAUGUUGGAAUGCAUUGAAAAAUCCAAUGCCUUUCUCUUUGAAUCAUACCGGCAUGUGAAAAAAAAUUGUCACAUUACUGUCACAAUAUUUUUUCUCAUAUUACAAGUUUAUUCUCGUAGAAUUGUGCCUUUUUUUCUCUUAAUUUUGACUUUAUCCUAUUAAAAUUACAGUACAGUGUUCCCUUGUUUAUCGUGCGGGAUUGGUUCCCAAAAUAGCCCGAAAUAAGUGAAAUCCGCGAAGUAGGCGCCUUCAUUUUUUUACAAUUAUAUAUGUUUUAAGGCUUUAAAACCCCUCACCAUACACUUUAUACACUUUUCUCAGACAGGCAAUAACAUUUUCUCACAUUUCUCCUUGUUUAAACACUCCCAAAAAAGUUCAAACCUUCGUUUGAAUUUUAAUGAUCAACCUUAAUGGUCAACACAAGAAAUGAUUAAGUCACUCGUGCAUAUUUCGCUCCUGUGACCGCGCCUUUUCAUCCUGUUAAAACAUAUUGCUCAAGACGAAUCGAAGAUUCAUUUACAAGCUAGCAAGCUAGCGAUGACACAAUAGACAUGGCAGGACGGCACGAAGGAGAUUGAUUGACAAUGGUCUACAGCCAAUUAGUACGCAGAAAACAAUGGGUGGUGCAGACAGAUGAGCGAGGGAAGAGAUUGACACACAACUUCCCACAAUGCAGUACUUCUUAAAGGGCCAGGCUCAGCAUGUAACAGCGUUUAUACACUGUAAUAAAAAAAAAAAAAGAAGCACUAAAAAAAUCCGCGAAACAGCGAUUCCAUGAAAGGCGAACCGCGAUAGAGCAAGGGAACACUGUAUAGUUUAUUUUUCCAUUUCUGAUGUUGUUUUUUAUUUCAACUUUCUUCUUGUAAAUGUAUUUCUCAGAAUUAUGACUUCUUUUCCAUUCUAUUUUAUAUCAAUACAAAAACACCACAAUCCACGAGAUGUGUAACCUUAAAGAGUUUGCAGCUGUGGAAUGGGUGGAUUACGCGUUUCCUAACAUGCUUUGUCGUAGCUUUCAUUCACUGACAGAAUUACUUCAUUGCGCAGAUCAUGGGUCCACAAUAUGAGUCAACUUAUCCACAUUUGGCCCGCGGGUCUUGCGUUUGACACGCGCCCUGGAGGGUUUACUAAAUUUCCACAUGACUGGUGUUUUAGGAUUAAAGUUUGGCUACGCUAACUGAUAUCUAGCAUCUGGAAUUUCCUCCAUUGCUACUCAUCUUGUUCCUGUAAGCAUUCUUAAAGCCUUAUUCUGCACAGUCCAGACUCUGAAAACAUAUAAUCCAUGGUCGGAAAACAAAUUAAUGGAUGUAGACAGGAUGACAGUUUUUAAUGAUGUGUCCGCACCCCAUAGUGAGUCUCCGUUUAAGCCUCUUUUUUUUCCUCCUCCUAACAUCCAUCCCGCCUUCUUCCUGGCGUUCUUUCCAGCAUGCAGAUGUGGACGUCGCAAGGCUUCUCUCUAGAUUUAAGAUUUGGCCGAAGCCUACAAAGUUUUCAGCAGUUUUCAUCUGGCACACACACCAGUAAGCAAAUUAACUCUUGUCACACACCAGUAAGCAAAUUAACUCUUGUCUCUGUGGCCUCUGUUCUGCGGCGCUGUCCAUGAAUAAGUCAGCACCCAACGGUGCCUUGGCCUAAUGAGCUGCUUUACAUCGCACCGCCGUCAGCCCUUUUUCCCCCUGAGGCAGCGUUUGCCUUAUAGUAAAGACGCUGUGCUGCACCGUGCCCUUGACUUCACUCCCACAUGGUCAAACUCUGGGAUGGGGACAUAAGUGGUUCUGACGAGGGAGGAUCAGUCCCGUGGGUGGAUGGUCGAGAUAUACACCCAUCACACUACUCUUGUCGACCUUCCCCUCACUCAAAAGAAUCUAGGUCAGACCUUGCGUGACGGACAGCCAGCCAUUGUCGCCACUCAGACACUCGGCCAAGAGCUGAAGAGUCCUGAGGGUACCAAGGAGUUCUAUCUAUGUAAUGGAAUUGGACCUUCAUCCCAUGGGUUCUAGGCUCUUUUGACACAUCUUCCCUGAGAGUAGAUGAAGCGUAGGUGUGGUAAGAUGGCAGCAGUAGAGUUUUCCUUAGACAGAUGGAACAGGGUCGCCUAAAGGCCCUGUAAGUGCAAGGCUCUCGUUUGUCUGAAAUCUUCAGCUUCAACAUGACACAAGUCUAGUUUGCCGACCGGGCUCCCCUCAACAUGAUGCUGCAAUGACAAGGGCACGCGCCCAUCUCUGUUCCCAGAUUGCCAACAGAUGACAUGGGUAAGUCUACGGCUUUUACUCACCGAUCACAUCCUGAAAGCGCUGGAGGUCGCCACCUAUCCCAUCUCAAGCGUGGCACAUUUUCUGCAACCUACACCUCGGUUUACCGUGUUCACUUUAUUAAGAUUCCCCUCAGUCUGCACGCUCCCUAAUUUGUUCUGCCUCUGAUGCUGAUGCAGUCAGGUAGAAGAGACAAGUAAAGAAAAUGUCAACCCCUCGCCUCCAAACUGAAGCAUGGAGAGUGGAUUUUUUCGCUUUAGCUGUUGUGUACUUUUUGCCCCCACUCGCCCCAAAAGUCCCUAUAUCACAUGCACGGAUUUCUUGAGUGGGCAGCGGCACCCUGGCAAUCAAAUCACCUGUUUGAUAUUCAGUCCUACCAAGGAUUCACCCACAGUGCACUGAUGCCUGCAUUUGUCUGCAAAAGACUGCAUGGCAGCUCACUUAUUUUUGAUGGGAAUGCAGAAACAACAUCCUGUAUCUUUCAUUAAGUAUUUUGGAGGUCACAUUGUGGGCCUCACGGUACUCAGUGGUUAACAAGCUGGCCACACAGUCAGGAGAUCUGGAGGAUCAAGGUUAAAAUCUCCGUUGGGCAUCUCUUUGUGGAGUUUGCAUGUUCUCCACGUGCGUGCGUGUUUUUUUUUCUGGGUACUUAGGUUUCCUGUUAGGUUAAUUAGCGAAUCUAAAUUGUCCAUAGGUAUGAAUGUGAAUGUGAAUCAUUGUUUGUCUAUUUGUGCCCUGCGAUUGACUGUCGACGGGUCCAGGGUGUCGGCCUCUCGCCCAAAGUCAGCUGGGAUAGGCUCCAGCAUACCCCCUUGAACCUAGUGAGGAUAAGCGUCAUCGAAGAUGGAUGGAUGGAGGUCACAUUGCAAAAAUGGGUUUAGUCAUACACCAUAUAGGUGACUCAACCCCAAGAGCGAGCAUGAUUACCUUGAUUCCAGCUUUAGACCGAAGCUGAAAGCGGGGUUUAAUGUAAAAGGCAAGGAGUUCCUCUUGUAUCUGUCAGGGCUUAUAGUCAUAAAUCCACACCGACUCCCCUGACAGAGGCUGGGAUUACCUGCUCUGCAGCCACGUCUGAACAGGGGAGCUUCUUUCCUCUGUUUUAGAGAUGACAGGCUGGCGGUUUUUAAUUUCUAAAACUAAUGUGCCAUAAGAAUGAAGAUGAACAUCACUCUCAGUGACGUGUACUUGUUUAAAACAGCAACAGAUCUGAGAGAUGAAAAAGGCUUUAAUGCUGAAUAUUCCAAUGUUUGAUUGCAUAUUGGUGUACAGUAAUAACAGGCUUUUUCCUGCUUGGGUAAGUGCCGAUGUAUUCAGGGCAACAACUGUUGUGCUUGCCUCCUACAUGUUUUUGAGACAAACAGUUGUUAAAGGUUUUUAUAAUAACCUUUUAUGAGCUCUUACAGUAGUAUGUGUCCCUCGAGCCUGUUUGUGAGCACUAAACGUGAUAUCAUCUUCCUCACUUGUUUGUUGCACCACUCAGAGACGCUCGCUUUUAAAGUUGUCUUUUCAUGACGCCAUUAAGAAAAUGCCUCCUUCCUCGUGGACAUGAUACCCCCUCUGACCCUAGAGAGUUGAGCCAGCCCUGUGUACACAUCCACCGCUUCACAGAAGACAAUUCUGCAAAAACGAAAAGCAGGCUUCACUACACAUCUUAAAAUCUAUCCGUCAGUCAGCUACAGACAUGGAAGCUAUGUAUUUCAUUCAUCAUGUUUGUGUUUCUCCAGCAAAUAGGCUUAUCACCACACGAUCUGUACCGGAAACGCGAUUGGUUCUGCACAUGCGCGAGACACACGUCACUUCCUCCAUUCGCAAAUUUUUACAACUGUGCUUCUGCGACGUCAUGUGCUGUGAUAUUUAUUAUUAAUUUUUACAUUUACUAACGUAACCAUACUUCAUAUAUGUAGUAUAUUGGGGGAUCUUUUCUUAGUGACUCUUAUUAGACAAGCUUGCGGAUUUUUCGAACGUCUUCAUUUACCAGGAGUAAUCGAGUAAUGCACAUAUAAAAUAAACCAUAUAAAACAAAACAUCAAAUGUCGAGAUAUUGGAAUGUAAACAAUGUAAUCAGAGUGCAGAGAUGGAGUCAUUCACAUUGUUUUUUUCUAAUCGGAGAAAUAACAUCCAUUCAUUCAUGCAAACAUAUCUUGCAAGCAAAUAUUUUUGUUUUGUUUUUCAGUGGCGAAAAAAAUCAUUUCUACAACCACGAAAGGAGGGUUUUAGUUUCCCCUCUUUGCACAAUGGAUAUGAUAUUAGAAAACAAAUCCUUUGUCAUUUCUUGGGUGGGAGAGUGACGUUCAUUGCACAUGCGUAGUACAAACUUCUUGACACUUGACUGCCGUAAAGUAGAUUGACAGAUGACGUAGUUUACACAUGCGUGUUAAAAAUCGGGUUCCCUAACUGCCAAAAACUAGGCCGACCGGAUGUAGACGCAUUCUGCACAUGGAACUGAUCGUGUUUCUGGUACGGAUCGUGUAGUGACAAGCUAACCAGCAUGACGUUGCUGUUUAAAACAAAGCUAUAAACUAGCUAUCCUCGUGUUGCUAACCAUUGUGUCCUCCUCGUCCACUCCUGUAAUAUAAGGCUUCAUGGAGCCUCACCCCGGCAUGGACAAACACAGCUCAUUGGCGUGUUCUCAGUGGGGCUGACCAGAAGCACUAUGGAACUCUCUUAAUUCCAGCAUCAAGGCUAGAUUUUGGACUUCCAGUACGCUAUUGUGGGACCUCUGAGACCCAUUUAAAAUAGUUGAAAAGUAGUAUAAUAUUGAACCUUUAGUGGCUGCAAAGAUACGCUCAGCGAUAUACUGAGUCUGCUUGUGCUUCUAUUCGAUGUAGGUUUCAUUUUGUGUUCCAUUCCUUAAUUAGUUCUGUGUUCAGUUCUUAAUUACAACCCCUCCCAGAUGGCGAUUUUUUAGAGCCCGCCACCUGCACACCUAACCUACCAGUCAACCAAUAUCCACUUAAAUGUUAUUUUGCUGUGGACAAAUCAGCUUUGUUUGCCUUUACGUCUACCCCUGAUUGGAGACUAUUAUACCCUCUAUUACCCACACACACUCUCUCCAGCUCAUUACUGCUGCUAUUUUAACUUCCCGUUUGAUAAAUAAGUUUUAAACUAGAGGUAAUUAAAUGUUUAAUUUGUUGUUUCUUUUCUCUACAUAUUACGGAUUACCCGUGUCAGCGGCUGGAAGGCAGGCCAAAGUCGGAACAGAAAGAGUUCCCUUCUUGUCAGCAGAAAAAAACUGUAAUUUUUGUUCCUCAAGGACAGCUGGAUUUUCACAGAUAAGGUUGGAGUAGAACGGUCCAGACCUGUACUGUAAAGCCUCUUAAACUUGAAGCAUUAGCACUAUUAAUAUGCAGCAGUGUCCGUAUUGUGUUGAUGAUAUUUAUUUAUUGUAACAAAGCCAGGAAAGGUGCUAUUAGGAUGUUAUAAUCUCCUAAAAGGAACACUAAGCUGUGGGAGCUGCCAUGGAGCCCCACAAGGCAGUUCUGCAGAACCAAUGUGGCUCUCACGAGUGACUCCCCCUUUUGAUCGCCUUCAAACCUGAAUGAGCAGUGUGUGCUAGCGUGUGUCCUUCAGAGCUAAAUGCUGAUUUAUGCACUGUACAGUAUGUGCUCUCUGCUCUCUGCUUCUCCGUUUUUUUUCCUUCUCCUCCCUGAAAAUCAUUGAUUCUAAUUUGGACGUGUUUUCCUCCUUUGUACAGCAAACGCUGCAUAAUUGAUUAAGUCCAACAUAGCAGAGGUUUUUACGCUGGAUUCCAGGCAAAUCUCUUGUAAAACGGGAAGCUUGUCCCAGUCAGCUUUAAUAUGUUUUGGAAGGCGCCAUGAUGGCUUCAUCAGGGGGCACCCUCCCCCAUGAGUUGGUUCAGACCGUAGACUGCCGUCGCGAUUUUGCAGGGCCGUCGUCAAGGACGGGGGAUUGAUGGACAAACCUUGGGAGGACAGCUGACGUAGUCCAGCAGUGUGAUGAAUGCAAAGCCGAGCAGUGGAUUUUCGGUCUUCUGAUUGGCCGUGCAAGGUCGAUUUGUUGGUUGAAAUAACGUUAUAAGACAACCGCUCAAUCGCCCUAUCCAACAGAAUGGAAUCCAACUGGGUUUAUUGCAGGGUUGUCCAAACUUUUCCCAGCGAGGACCACAUGCAAAAAAUGAAAGGAUGCAAGGGCCACUUGGAUAUUUUGUGAAGCAUCACAUGUAGAUAUGCUAAGAAGCUGUAUAUAUUUCAAGAAAAACUGUAUUUCAGCUUUGUGAUUUAGGUGAAAAAGCCUAUUAUUAGUAUCAACCUCAGUCUUUGCGGCUUCUUUUCUUCAUUUUUGCUGUUGUUUUGUUUUAAUAUUUAAACUGUCUUCUUAAAUAUGACUUUAUUCACGUAAUUUUUUUCUUUAUUCUCAUAAUAUUGUAACUUUUUCCCUUUUUGGACUUUAUUCGUAUAAAAUAACAGCUUUUUUUCAGCUAUUUUAAGUUUCUUCUUGUAAAUUUUCUUCUCGUACUUUAUUCCCGUAAUAUUUUUACUUUGUUGUUGUAACAUUAUAACUUUCCCACAACCUAAUUUUGCAAAAAUUACAACUUUGUUUGUUGUUUUGUUUGCUUGUCAACCUUACACUACCGGUGAAAAGUAGAACACCCCAAUUUUUCCGGUUAUUUAUAGAAAUUCAAGGCAUUCAAGUCCAAUGAAUAGCUUGCAAUCGUACAAAGGUAAGUGGUGAAGUGCCAGAGGUUAAAAAAAGGGUAAGGUUUUUUUUCCAAAACUGAAAUAUUAUGUAUAUUUCAGAAUGAUACAAAAAGGCCUGUUUCAAGGACCACAAAAUGGGUUAACAUUUUAAAGCUAUUUGCAGAAGUGGAGGCUGAUCAAGCCUUGGCAGUUGGUGCAGUUAAUUCCUACAGGUGUUCCAAGUUCUGGAGCACUUACCACCUCCUCUGUCUGCAUGAAAGCAGUGUUCGGAACGCACUGUGGUACUAUACCCUCGUGAGCAUCAGAUGAACAGUACUGAGCUGGAGAAAGUAAUUUGGUGCUAAGAAAAAAGGCAAUUAACAAUGGAAGACAGACAGUCCCUCUUAACACUUAAAAAUGUAGGUUUUUCCUCCAGAGAAAUUGGACUGUUCGAAGACCGGUAGUGUACAUCUUUAAAUGCGUCUUCUGAAUGCCUUAUAUUUCUAUGUUUGUUCAUUUACCCAUUUUUAUGUUUGAUGAAUGCUUAAUUUAGUCCAAUACAUAAGAUUUGAGUAAUAAUAAACCAAGAAAAAGUGAUAACUUAUUAAUUAAUCUCAAUUUCGAAAAACCGUGAUCGAGUGAACCGCGAAAUUUGAACGGCAGUGUGGCGAGGGACAACUGUGUUUGAGUUCAGCGCAUCAAAAAUGGGAGCAAAACUGUUGCAACCGGAGCAAAGUGUUGCGUUUAUAUUUUUGUUGAGUGUAUUUAUGUAUGUGAAGCGAGAGGCGUCUCGAAUGAUGCACACACCUGCGGCUGAACCCAGAACAUGCGUGAAUCACAUGAGGUUCAUCCAAGCUGAUUAUGUUGUUAACUUCUGCUGGGAAUCACAGAAAUUUCCAUUUCAGGUUCGUCAGGAUAGUUGAGCUUGGCUCGCUAGGGUUUCACUCCUCGCUGUGAUUCACUUGUGGCUGGAUUUAAAUGAGCUAACGUGGCUGUGUAUCCCUUGUAGAGCCAUCACAUGAAAUGUUGAUGACUCACCGCUCGGCGGUGGUCCAUACGGUGACAGACGCUCGCUGUCACAUUCCUCCCGGAAAGAAAGAAAGCUCUCAACAAAUAGUUUAGUCAGCUUCAUCCUCCAGCCUCUCAGGGCCAAAUGAUGGCUCGUCAGACUUUGGGUCGUUUGUCACGAGGUGCAGCAGCCUGCGCUGAAGGGGGGGGUCCCGAUCACAUAAAGCUGAGUUAUAGCACCCCACCGUAACCUUAGAUUACUGCACUGUAGGCUACAGAAAAAGACCUCCGGAGGGCGGGUGAGAAUCUUUAAGAGGCUGUCUGGGAUGAGAACAACAACACAAGGGAACGGACCAAGACAAACAUUUUUAUCUCUUUCUGAUGUUUUGGCGCUGUCAGCCAGAAGUCGGAUCAAGCGACGAUGUUUUAAGCACAUGCCAGGGCCUGUUAUCCCAAACAAGACCCUGAGCGCGGUGGCACUCACAUGAUCUCCACAGAUGACCUGGAAUACCCGCGGGAGUACCGGACCCUGGGCAACAGCGGCCGGCGGUUCUCCAACGUGGGCCUGGUGCACACGUCGGAGCACCGGCACACGGUCACGGCGGCCCAGAGCCUGGAGGCCCUCACCAACCUGCACAAGGCCGACAUGGAGCGGAAACGGGACGCCUUCAUGGACCACCUGAAGAGCAAGUACCAGCAGCAGCAUCAUCAGCAGCAGCUGCAGCAGCAGCACCACAACCCGCCCUCACCCUCGCCCUCGCACGCCAGCAUGAGGGGAAGCUCGGAGAGGGCUGCGAGGGAACAGCAACAACCCAACUACUGGAGCUUUAAGAGCCGCAGCCCUCGUCAUUCCCAGUCCACCCAGUCCGGGCUUGCCGACCAGGCCACCAAGCUCUCCUUCGCCUCCGCCGAGUCCCUGGAGACCAUGUCCGAAGCCGACGUGCCCAUCGGGUUCAACCGGAUGAACCGAUUCCGCCAGAGCCUGCCGCUGUCACGCUCUGCCAGCCAGAAUAAGCUACGAUCUCCAGAUGAAUUUGCAGGCGUGCUAUUCCUGCAAUAUGGGGACGAGACACGCCGUGUACACAUCACCCACGAGCUGAGCAGCCUGGACACACUGCACGCCCUCAUCGUGCACAUGUUCCCCCAGAAGCUGACGGCGGGCAUGCUCAAGUCGCCCAACACGGCCAUCCUGAUCAAGGACGAGGCACGCAACGUCUUCUAUGAGCUGGAGGACGUGCGUGACAUCCAGGACCGCAGCGUCAUCAAGAUCUACCGCAAGGAGCCCAUCUACGCCUCCUACCCAGCCGCCGCACACCUGGCCAAUGGAGACCUGCGGAGAGAGAUGGUCUACUCGUCCCGUGACUCGUCCCCAACACGCCGCCUCAACACGCUCCCCUCCUCAUCGGCCUCCUCCGGCUCGCCAUCCCGCUCUCGCCUCUCCUACAGCGGGGGCCGCCCGCCGUCCUUCGCGGGGCCUCACGAGCAGGCCCGCCACCCCCACCACCCGUCAGCCGCCCACGUGGCCAACGCAGGCCUCUCGCCGUCGCCUAGCGCCAUCCUGGAGCGCCGUGACGUCAAGCCGGACGAGGAGGUCUCGGCGAAAAACUUGGCGCUGAUGAAGAACGAGUCUCUGUAUGCGGACCCCUACAGCCUGAUGCACGAGGGCCGCCUCAGCAUCGCCUCCACGCAGUCACUAGCUGCCAUCGGCGACCCCUUCAGCUUCCCCGUGUCCUCGGGGCUGUACCGCCGCGGCUCUGUGCGCUCCCUCAGCACCUACUCCGCAGCCGCCCUGCAGGGGGAGCUGGACGAUUCCCUCUACAAGCCCGGGGGGCCGCUGUACUCAGACACAUACUCGGCCACACUGGGCAUGGGCUUUCGCAUGCCGCCUUCGUCCCCACAAAAGAUCCCGGACAUGCACCUGCGGGACAGAGACUCAUACUCCAGCAGGGCCUCACCUGUCAGACAGAGCUUCCGCAAAGACUCCUCCUCCUCUGUGUUCAUGGACAGCCCCAAGUCCAGACCUAAUUCCAGCUCUGAGCCUCUGUGUCUGACAGCUGGACCAGGGGAGGGGGGCAGGGCCACGCCAGGGUUUGGUUCUUCGCUGUCUGGACCGGACUCUGAUGCCAGCAGGGAUCAUCGUCUGGAGCGCAUGGAGGCCAUGGAGAAGCAGAUCGCCAGCCUGACUGGUCUGGUCCAGAGUGUCCUGACCAGAGCGCCAGACAGUGACAGCACAUGCGGCCUGCUGCGUCUCUGCAUGAUGGCGGGCUGCCCCCCGGACCAGGGAACCGACUUCUCACGGACAUUACCUUUCUCUUCCAGCGACAAGACAGACACCAACAGCGACGGCUCCGCCACCGGAACAGGACGGCUAAAGAAGAAAGCUCACACUCCGUCUGCACCGCUGGCGCUGAUGCCGCCGCCGCCGUCCAACUCGACGCCUCUGAACAACGUCAGCCGCCUACAGAUGCAGCUCCACCUGCACGGCCUGCAGCAGAACGCCAACGACCUACGCAAGCAGCUCAGCCAGCUGCGUAAGACACAGCUGGAGAACCAAGACUCCAUGCGCACACUGCUCAAGCGGACUGAGGCGGAGUUGAACGUGCGCGUGGCCGACGCCCUCAGGAAGCAGGAGGAUCCCUUGCAGAGACAGCGCCUCUUGGUGGAGGAGGAGAGGCUCAAGUACCUGAACGAGGAGGAGCUCAUCAUCCAGCAGCUGCACGACCUGGAGAAGUCGGUGGAGGAGAUCCAGAAGGAGUCGGCUGUCAACCACAAGCUGGUGAGCGUGCAGGAGCUGGAGGAGAAGAGCGCCGUCCUCCGAAAGCUGGGGGAGACGCUCACCGAGCUGAAGAAUCAAUUCCCAAGCCUGCAGAGCAAGAUGAGGGUGGUGCUGAGGGUGGAAGUGGAAGCCGUGAAGUUCCUGAAGGAGGAGCCGCACAGACUGGAUGCCUUGUUGAAACGCUGCAAAACAAUAACGGACAUCCUCACCACCAUGCGCAAGCAGGCCAACGAGGGGGUGUGGAAGAAACACGAGGACCUCUCCAAUCCGUCAUCCAAGCACAACGAGGACCUGAGAAAGUUCUCAGACUUUGACCUACCCGGCAGCCCACCGCUCAGCAUCAACGACCUCGGGGGAGGGAACAGCCUGUCCAACUGGAGCCCCCACACCAGCCUCAGCCGGCGCCACGGGAACCCGGCCGGCCUUCACAAGGACAAUCACCCGCCGGUACCUCACAAGGGCAAAGCCCUGGAGGAACUGGAGCGCCGCACGGCUGCUGAUAAGGCUUUGUCUGUCGAGGUUCGCCUGGCGGCGGAGCGGGACUGGGAGGAGAAGCGGGCCAGUUUGACCCAGUACAGUGCUCAGGACAUCAACCGGCUGCUGGAGGAGACCCAGGCCGAGCUCAUGAAGGCCAUUCCCGACCUGGACUUUGCCGCUAAACAGAUCAAGCCUUCUUCUAACACGCCGUCCUCCCAGAACCCACAGACCCCUCAGAGCGGGGCAGCGACCCCCGAGCACCGUGUCAACAAGCCCCAGCUGAAAAAAGAAGGAGGAACCAAGCUUGGAUCUGAUGAGCUGACGGUGCCUCGCUACCGCACAGAAAAACCCUCCAAGUCUCCUCCACCGCCGCCACCCAGACGCAGCUUCCCAUCUUCGCCAGGCCUGACCACCCGCAGCGGGGAGACCCUCAUUCCCGGGAAGAGCGUCAAGAAGUCUGAUUCUGAAGAGGCAGAGAGCCAGAAGCCUCACAUGAAACUGAGGAGGACGGUGUCAGAAAACCCUCGCCCCGCAUCCACACCUCCCACGCUGUCCGGGGACAAGGCGGACGGGGAGCAGGAGAGAACUUCUGGCCAGUUGGAGGGAGGAAAUGGGGUGGCCCCCAGCAAGGUCCCGCCCCCCACGGCCACCAAACUGAAGCACCUGCAGCACAACAGUAUGGACAAAUACAAGAGCGGCAAGAGGGAGGACUUCCUGAAGAGCCAAGGGCAGCAGCAGCAGGCCUCAGGAGCCGUCAGCCUAGGGGCCAGCAUCGAGCCGUACCUCUCCGGGAUCAAAACGGGCCACCUCUCCGGGCGCCAGCCCACCUCCGCCAGGAAGGCAGAUGGCACGGGGCCGUCCCUGAGGGCGUCCCCCGGCCAGGCCAAGGCGCUGCUGGCCAGCCUGUCCGCCGCCGGUCUGAGCGCAGAGGCCCUGCUGCUGUCCUCCGCCCUACGCCAGCACCGCCUCCUCCGUGAGCAGCAGCAGCAGCAACGGGCCUCCUCUCUGCCGUCCCCCAGCAGCCGCUCGCCCUCGCCCGCCUCCUCGUCCUCCCAGACGCCCACCGCCACCCUCUCCUCGUCGUCCUCGCCCACCACGCCCAUCCUGUCCCCAUGCUCGCCGACCCCGCUCAGUUCGCCCACCUUCCCCAAAACCAACGGCCGAAGCCUGGAGGGCAUCAGCAGCUGCAAGGAAGGACAGUGAACGUCCAUCUUCAAGACAAACGGUACCGUCAACAUCAAAAGUGUCUUCAUUCCAGAAGACGUCCUCUAUGGAAUUGAACCACAUGAGUUCCCAGACAGAUGACACACAAAUGGGACCUUGGAUGCCACCUUAGAUAAGCUGAUGCUGUUCACAUGAGAGCUGCAUUAACCAGCACCGGAGUCCAAUGUGUGUGUGUGUGUGUGUUAUUAGAGCCAAAAUGGAGUCAUGUGAAGCUCUUUGGUGGUGGUUUAAAUGAAGGUCGGUGCUGUUUGAAGUACAUUUCCCAUUAGGAACAAGCACACAUGGACAAAAAGUACUUAUUGACACGCACUUCUUUAUCAUUGAAUCCAUCAAUAAGGGGGUGCACUAGACCCCUCCCAUUUUAACUCUCCAUUUUCACAUCCGACUUUGUGGGAACACUUUAGGGAAGGCCCUUUUCUGUUCCCGGUGCACAAAGCAAGGUCCAUCAAGGCGUGCUUAGCUCGGUUUGCUGUCUACUUUGUGCAUUUAGUGUACCGUAUUGACCCGAAUUUAAGACAGUAUUUUGUCUGAGCUUUUCUUCUUGUCAUUUCCACACACGGUGUAUACGAUAUAUUCUCUUAUUGCAAUCUACAAGUUGUUCAAAACAUUCUUUUCUUUUUUUCCUCUUUGAUUUUGUCUUAAAAGAUAUAUUUUUCCAAAACUUAAAAAGGAAGGGUGGUCUCACUUUUGAGUAAAUACAUUUUCAACUAAGCUCCAAACCAUACAAAUGAGAAAAGCAUAUAUUAUUUAUACUAGCUAUGUAGAAGAACACUUUCAUUAAGACAAUCAGUAGCAUCUUUAAGGCUUUUUCUUUUUAAAGCCGGCACCAUAACACCCCCCCAGCACAUGAUUGCAGUCGCUAUCACAAGAUAGAGAAAUAAGAGAAGUCAAAAGAAGCACAGAAGAGCAAAUCUAUCAAAAUGCCUCUAUUAUGCAAAAAUGACUUUUAAUAAAGUUUAUGAGCACCAAACACAGGCCUCACUACACGUCUUAAAAUGCAGCCCAGACCUGCCGACUAGCCGUCAUACAUGACAGCUGUAAGUUUGAUUUUCUUCAGAGACUAGCCUAACCUAGCAUGAUGUCAAAUGUGAGUUCAAUGUUAGCGCCGUAGCAUCACAUAGCUAUGCUAGUUUUGCUCAUGUUUGACUUCCUUUGUGAUGGGGAUUUGGAACUAGGAUGGACUCUCUUUGAGGUGCAUCGUUCCUGAACAGUUUGGGCUGGAUUUCAAACUGUAUAACCUCAGCGGUAUUGGACAUUGGAGGUUCCAGCUGGGUUUUAUUUACAAGCUAGCAAAAUGUCCUUUCAUUCAAGCUCGCUGAACAGAACACUUGUGACGUAUGUUUUAUGGGACUUUAGAGGCUUAUUCAUCUUAAAAUAUCAAUCCGCCACUCAGCUCAAGUUUGAUCAGUUUGUUUCUUCAGCGAAUAGGCUAAACUAACAUGGUGUCGCUGUUAAAAUGUGAGUGUAAUGUUAGCACUGUACCAUCACAUCGCUAGGCUGGUGGUGCUAACGUUUAUGGCUUCCUGUCCCACAAAAACGGCUUGUUGGAGGCUAAGAUAGCUCAUUAGCAUUAAAGCUACAGACACACAAAUGUGCGUUUUCCCAGUAGGGAAAGCACUUUUAAACUGUCUAAAUGCCAGCUUCAAGGCUAAUACACUUUCAAAACACUAUUGUGGCACGUCAGCACCUUAAUAUGGGAUCUUUUAAAGAAGAACAUAUUUUGAAGGGGAGCACAGUCUCUUCUUAAUGAAGCACAAAUGUGGUCCUGGAAGAGCAAACUAAGCUGCACAUCACAAACAUCCUGCUGGUGCCUCAUUUAGUCGGAUUACAAACAUGUGCCUCUGUUUGUUUCCGAGCACAUCACAUUUCCCUGCACAAAACAAACGAAAAAAACUCUCUCUGCUGUGCAGUUUAUUCAUUUUCUCAUACAAACCUCAAGCUGUGGGCAGCUUUGGACAGUCCUCAUCUUCAUCAGCAGCACAAUGAGCACAUUUAUCCGAAACAAAGUAGGGAGAAAAAAACACAUUUGGGUUCGUCGGUCCCUGAGGAUGUUGUGAACCUCACCCCCACCCUCACCCCUUUACACACGGCACUGCUUGAAAGACACAACGAUUCUUGUUGCCGCCCAACUUGAAUAACUAGUACAUAUAUAAAUAAAUAUAAAUAUAUAAGUGAGAUGUUUGUGUAUAAUGUGAAGACAAAGUGUGAUAAUUAUUAUAUACAUAUACUGUAUAUUUAUAUAUAAAUAUAUAUACAGAUAAACAGUAUAUAAUAGACUUAGAUAAUAUACUGUAAAUGUCCUCACCUCCUUUAAGUUUUUAUAAAUGAUUCUAGUGACCAUUUUGUACAAAUGUUUUUCUUUACUUUAUCGCAUUUCACACGAAGAUUAUUCAUACUUUUUUUUAUAUUUGUUCGAUCUGUAUAGAUUCUUCUUCAAACUCUAAUUGUAAUAUACUUAGCUCUUUUUUUAAUCUUAUUAGAAAAUUACGACUUUCUUUAUGGACACGUGUGAAGUAUGUAUUGAUGUGUGUGGGAUUUUUUUUUAUUUGAAGUUAUUUUAUGUGUAUUUCUUUUUUUAGUUUAAUAUUUUUUAUAUUUAAUUUUACUAUAUUUUCUAUUGGGUUUUUUUUUCCUACAUUUUAUUUUAACACUUUUUCCCAUAACUUUGGUCUGGUGAUUUAUUCGCCCAUUUUUAUGUAAUUUUAUUUUUAAAUUUUAAUUUUAUGGUGUACUUUUUAAAAUGUUAUAUUUAUUUGCUCCACUCUACCCACUGUUUGAGCGUUUUCAUAAUGGUGCUUAGGUCACAUGACUUAAUGUUUCGUUCAUGUACUGUACUGUAUGCUCGUUAACCGGACAAUUAAGCUAAAAAAAAACCAACAAGUCUGAAAAGCAGAACCACAGAGUUGGCUCAAUAAGGAAAUAACAUCAUCUUUUAAGCGCUUUCUCCUUCCUUUUUUGCUCCGUAUUAUUUUUUACGUCUCUACAAUAAAGCUA